AUGGGCUUUUUGACGCUCUACCGCUCUGGAGGAUUAAGAGGCCUCUUGGCGAGAGGUGCUGGAGGUUCGUUAGUUCCAUCUCUUAAUGCGACGAAGAACCGUUUAUUUUCAAGAGCGAUGGUGAAUGAUGGACGGUCGCGGGACACUGAGCUCGGCGAUGAGAGGAAGCGGAAGCUGGAACAGACGCCGAGUGUGCAGGCGAUAUCGGGCGGCGGCGUAAAUCGCUCGGCGGACGCAUUUCGCUGUCGUCACAUGCGCCGGCGCGGCACACCUAUCGAGGCG